GCAAGACCCCGACGCAACAGUGUCGUCCUUCGUGAUGGCAAGGGUUAGCGACACCGCCCGCGUCGGCGUCCCCGAUGACACCCUGGAGGGUGCGCCGGCGGCCCCGGAACGGACGUACACCGCGGCCCUGGACGUCGUGGUGCGCUACCUGCGGAUGGUCUGCGCCUGGCCCGAGGGCCGCGGGAAGCUCGCGCGCGCCUUCUCGUACGUGCUACCGUACUCGUUCGCCUCGUCGGGCGUGCCGCAGCUGGUGUACUUCGCACUGGGCGAGCACGACGACAACGUGGAGCUGGUAGGCUUCUUGGCGGACGCCCUCGGCUCCAGCCUGUGCUGCUUCAAGAUGUUCCAACUACAGAAGCACGCCGUUACGAUCAUGGCCGUGCGCGAGAUCCUGGAAGGCUUCACGCCGAUGGAGCGCUCUGUGGCCGCGCAGGCCGAGCUGCUCAACGAGCGCUGCGAGAGGCGGAGCGUCACCAUACUGCGACGCUACGUGCGAGCCUACUCGGUGCUGUCCGCCCUCACCGUCGUCUUUAUGGUCCUAGCCGUCAUCCGCAACGACCCCUGGUACUCCGUCAAGGCACCCCGGUAUAUGAUGGAGACGCGACCACUCUACAUCGCCAUGGUGGUCCUUGCCACGACUGCAUUGUACGCCUUCCCAGUGGCGAUAGGUCUCUAUGACGGAAUGAUUUUCACGCUGAGCCUCCACACGGCUUGCAAGUGCGACGUGCUGGCCCUGGUGCUGCAGCAGGCGGUGCGCCAGGACGCCGACGAGAUUGGCCUCCAGGACGGCGACGAGGAGCGGAAGCGCCUGCGCCUGUGCGCGAUCUACCACCAGCAGAUCAUCAGGCUGCACCGCGCUUCCGAGUCCAUCUUCUGCACCGUCGCCUUGUGCCAGAUGUUCUACACCCUCUUCGGCUUGGGUACCCCACUCUUUCGCAUGCUGAACAAAACGCAGGAAGUGGUACCGCAGGACAUCGCCUUCAGUGCCGUCUACGUGGUGUGGACAUUUACUCAACUGUUCACCUUCUGCUAUUCCGGCGACCUCGUGGCUAAGGCGUCGGCACGGCUGUCCUCGUCGACCUACUCGUCCUUCCACCCGUCGCUGUCCGGGAAGGAUACGCGGCUGGGACUCAUCCAGCACAUGAUCGUCCUGCGCGCGCAGAGACCCCUGUUCCUCACAGCGGGCCGCUUCACCAACCUCACGCUACAACUGUUCCAGGACAUCAUGCGACGGUCUUACUCGCUCUACUCCACCGUCCUCAAUGUGAGGUAGACGACGACGUGGUGCACACUGCUGGCAAAGGGGACGGACACGGUGGCAGGUCCAUCGCGAUUUCUAC